AAGCAACGUCAGCAUAAAUUUUCAUACGAAUUCAUGCACCGUGACUGUACGCUAUACCGUGAUGCUUCGUGAUUCUUGCUGAUGGUCGAUAAUAUAUUUGUCUUUGACUGUUUUAAAAGGGACUUCGUUUAAACAUAUUGUAGACCUGUCAACGGUACGAAUACAAAGCAAGAAAAUUUAGGAGGUCAGGAUAGCCCCGAGCUUUAAACGGCCGAUUAUUUAGUCACCGUGGCUCCUGUUCAAGGUCAAUUUUAAGAGGAGGGAUCCUUGGUCAUUUCGUACAGUUGGCGAAUCGAUCGAAUCAUCGAACGGAACGAUGGCAGGAUCGGCGCUCAGGCGAUUGAUGGCAGAGUACAAACAGCUAACCUUGAAUCCACCAGAAGGAAUCAUUGCCGGACCGAUUAACGAGGAAAACUUUUUCGAAUGGGAAGCCCUCAUCACUGGACCAGAGGGAACGUGCUUUGAGGGUGGGGUAUUUCCAGCAAAAUUAAUAUUUCCUCCAGAUUAUCCGUUGAGCCCUCCAAAGAUGCAGUUUACCUGCGAGAUGUUUCAUCCUAACAUCUACGCAGAUGGCAGAGUCUGCAUAAGUAUACUGCAUGCGCCUGGUGACGAUCCUAUGGGUUACGAAAGCAGUGCAGAGAGGUGGAGCCCAGUGCAAAGUGUGGAAAAGAUACUUUUGAGCGUGGUGAGUAUGUUGGCAGAACCGAAUGACGAGAGUGGUGCCAAUGUGGACGCUGCAAAGAUGUGGAGGGAGGAUCGCAGUGAAUUCGAAAGGAUAGCUCAGAAGCUGGUUAGAAAGACUCUGGGUAUUCCUUGAGACAAAACGUGCAGCAUCUAUCCAAAAUAAGAAAGACAGAGAGAGAGAGAGAAAGAGAAUGAUAAACUUGAUUGUUGUUACUUUUCUCUAUUUUUGUCGCUCAAUGUGGCAUCCCUGUAUGGAACAAUAAAAAAAUUUUUAUCCGUUCCGCACC